CAAGCCCGCGGCUCUGCAUGGGAAAUCCGAGCGGCGGCGGCCAUCUUGCGUAUGGAGCUGCUCCCGCCCCGCGCGUCUCUCCCGCUGGGCUUUGUAGCUUCCUCUCGGACGGUCUUUCGCGCUCUCGGAGAUGCCCUAUAGUGAAAUUGAAGCUAAGUUUUUGGGACCUGGAAAAGAACUAACAAGGGAACCAUGCUCUAAAAAAUUGAAGUCCGCUGCAGAUGAUUGUGUUUUGUCCCAUCGAGGUGGUCCUGAAAGUAACAGACUCCAAGAGAAAACCAGAAAUAAUAGGAGCCCCGUGGCCACCAUUAACUUCAGAAGACGUAUUUGUCCUGAGGAAGACAAAACCACAGCUGCAGAUGUGUUGAAGCCUUCGUACAAGGAGAUGCCUGGUGAUAAACUAGGUGCUGCUGAAGCCAUUGGUUCGAAAGCUUUGCAGGAUGGAAAGCCUUCGUCACUAUCCAAGGAUGACGAAAUCUACAGCACAAGUAAAGCAUUCAUAGGCCCCAUUUACAAACCCCCCGAAAAGAAGAAAUGCCGAGAAAAGAAGCAUGAGACAGACAGUUUCAAUAGUGUAGAUGACAAAAGAAGACGAGAAGAAAAACAGAAGUUUAUCUCCAAAAAAUUGGAGAUUGACACGGAAUUAUCCCAGUUUUACAAAGAAAUUGAAGAGCUGGAAAAUGAAAAUGAUACUUCACAAGGCAGUUGUAAGGUACCAGAGCCUUCCCCAGAACAAAUUAUUCCUUAUGACCAGGCCUAUGGUACCUUAAAGUCCGAGGAAGAAAGUGAAGACCUCAGUAGUGCUCUUCAGUCACAUUGUGGUUACCAGCAGUACUUGGAGAAUGAACCAGGCAGACAUCCCUGUGAUGAACAAGUGAUGCCUCCGUUUUGUGAUACUUCAUUCUCUUCCUUCGGGCCUGAAUGGCAGUCAAUACAUCCUUUUGUCAUACCCCAUGGUCCUCCUCUUCCCAGUUUUAAUUAUCAUUUUAAUAUUCCAAGAUUCGAUGCCCCACUAAAUCCACCACCAAAUAUUUUCCAUGGGCAAGAUGACUCUCAGAUGCAGAACGGGUGUUACGUAGAUAGUUGUCAGGAUAGCUGGAACUGUUUAACUUUUGAUCAGAACGAUGAGUAUGUUCAUUAUGGUGUGACUAGCAGUACUGUUCAGCCCUUUAGAAAUGGCUACAGUGUGCAGGAUGAAAGUAUGAGUGAUGGUUUCUGUGAAAUCAGAGAGUGCUGGAGAGAGCCUCUUCUGGGAGAGCGCAGUGGAGCAGACAGGUUGGUGAGCCAGUGGUUUCCAGAGGAGAAGCUAAACAAAUUGCAGAAAUUACUUAUUCUUCUGCGAGGCCUCCCUGGUUCUGGAAAAACAACAUUGUCUCGAAUUCUGCUUGGUCAGAGUCGCGAUGGCAUCGUGUUCAGCACUGAUGACUAUUUUCAUCAUCAAGAUGGGUACAGGUACAAUGUUAAUCAACUUGGUGAUGCCCAUGACUGGAACCAGAGCAGAGCAAAACAAGCUAUCGAUCAGGGGAGAUCUCCAGUUAUAAUAGACAAUACUAAUACACAAGCCUGGGAAAUGAAACCAUAUGUGGAAAUGGCCAUAGGAAAAGGAUACAGAGUAGAGUUUCAUGAACCGGAAACUUGGUGGAAGUUUGAUCCUGAAGAAUUAGAAAAGAGGAAUAAACAUGGUGUGUCUCGGAAGAAGAUUGCUCAGAUGUUGGAUCGUUAUGAAUUUCAAAUGUCCAUCUCUAUUGUGAUGAAUUCAGUGGAACCACCACAGAAAAGCACACAAAGACCCCUCCCUCUCCCGGGGGAGCCGAGAGGGAGAGUUUUGAAGAAGAGUGGGUACCGGUUUGACAGACCCAAACAGAAGAGAAACAGAAGAGGAAAGAAAAGGAACAACAGUUUCCGUGAGAACUCCCCUGCAGCCCUAGGUCACCUUGCACCAGGAGGUCAGGGCCCGUCUCAAAGCGAGGGGGAAGGUUUUGAAGAGACCAACCGAGAACCAGGGCAUCCCUUUGCUGGCGGCCUACAGAAUGAAGCAGCGGAUUGUGUAGAUGGCUCUGAAGAGCAAAGCUGGAGAGACAGGGAGAACUCCAACAGUUUCCAAAAGGUCGUGUCUGCAGUUGAGGUGGACCACACACCGAAGAACUGCUUCCCCGAGGAGGAGGAAGAGGAAGAGGCGGAGGGCCUGUUUCUAACUUUACCAUCGGUACCAAGUGAAGGGUCUGCCUGCUGGGACACAAGCACUCAGCAUCGUCCUUGUGUAGUGAAGGAUGGCUACUCGGACAGGAGGUCGGGAAGCCAGGUGAGAAGUGGACGUAACUCAGCCGGAGACACGCAGGACACGGUUGCUAAAACUCCACGUCGUCGUCAGAGUGGAGCCAGAAUGUCGGAGGAAAUGUUACGAGAGGAACACGGAGUUAGAAGUGAUCGCUGGGCUUUUUUUACAGUUAGUUUGUUUGAUGAAGAAUUAGAGAUAAAGUCUGAGAGUCAGCCAUAUUUGGGUGGUUGGCCCCAGGGACCCCAUGAGUUUGUGUGUGAACAGAGACCCAGGAAAGACAGAUCUCGGAGACUGACCCGUCCUGAUAGCGAGGAACAGUGCAUUAAGCUGAUUUCCGCUCCUGAAGAAGCAGCAGGCUCGGGAAGCGGCCCAGAAACACCAGUGAAGAAGCAGCCGAGAGAUUUGUCCCCCAAAGCUGGGGUGGUGGAUUUACCCAGAAACCCAGAAACAGCUGUCUCCAGCACCUGUGCCCCCCACCUCGGCUCCCCAGAGCACCCCUUAGAACCAACAAAGGGUAUACACGGGGUGCAGCGGAUUUGCGAUUUGUCACCGAACAGACAGACUCCUACCAACCCAGAAACAAAGGAGAAAUGUGACCUCUUAACAGAAAAUCAUGAGCUGAACACUGUCUUAUCAGGGGAAGAUAUUUCCAAAAUAAUCAAUAAAGACGAGACAAAGCCAAAAAUGAUGGUCUUUGACUGUCGUCUGCCACGGUUUUACUUUGACUCUCCUCCAAGUAUUGUCCGGCAGUCUCGCUCUUACCGUCUGCCAUUUAACAGAGUAGGGUGUGCUGUGUAUUUUUAUAAAAAUCCUGUCCCUUCUCUCUUGCUACAUUAUCUGUCUAGCUUUUGCGUGCUAUCUUUUAACGACAGAAGAGCACUUUUGACAUUCGAGUCUCAGAAAAGCCUGGCUAGGACACUAACCGAUGGAGCCUUUAUUCCCUCAGACGAUCUGAGUGGCCAGCCUGCUGCUCAUUGCUUUUUGCAGAUUUUCUCCGAUACUCAGUUCUUAAACGAGAGGCCGGAUGAAGAGCUGAAGACAUGGGGAGCCUGGGAGCCGGGGCACUGCUCGGCAGCUGAGGACUGCCAGGAGUUAAUAAGCAGGACCCGUCGGAGCCGGGGCCAUUAUCACAGGGCUGCUUGCCUUCCACCCAGCCCAACGGUGUGGAUCUCGCGGAGUUCCAGUGUAUUGAAGGCCGUGCACUCUGAGGUGACCCUUGAGGAGAGUCGUUCACUGCACAUGUUUUGUGUCCAGCCCUCAACUGGGUCAGACUCUUGUUUGCUUGACCUGAAAGCAUCUCGUCCGUCCAUGGCUGGUGUCCUCCUUUGGUCCACAGUGGGAACCUCACUGUUCCUGAGGGCUGCGCACCUUCUGCAGGAAGCUGAUGGAGGACCGGCUUGGACUGUUACACAGGAGACCUGAAGAGUAGUGCACAGCCGUUUCCUUUGUUCGGGUCGUUGUUGGUUUUUGUUUUUCGAGACCGGCUUUCUCUGUGUAGUCCUUGCUGUCCUGGAUCUUGCUCUCUG